AGGAGACAGGAAAGGCUAGGAUUCCCAGCAGGAAGGGGAAAGGGAGAUGCACCAAGACAUAAUGGAGCUUCUCAGGCAGCAAACUCAGAUGCUGGUUGACCUACAGGCCCAGAAAUCUGGCUCCCCGCACUUUGCAGUCCUUAGAGAGCUCUGUAGAAGCAGUCCUGACACUCCAAAGCAUAUCCUGUGGCAUCACGGGCCACAUCCUAAUCCCUAUGAUUCCUCACUGUGUGACUGCAAGGAAAAACACUGCUUAACAUACACCAACAUAGGUAUCUCACGUUACAAAAUGGCUUGUGUGCACUACUGAUUUCGGAUGCAAAUAACAUGGAUAGUGUUCCUUCGGAGGAUUCUUCGGAAUGGGAGGAUAAUGAUGAGACUGAGAUUGAAACUGAUGAAGAUGAUGACUCGGGAGCAGAGAUGGAUGAGGACAAGGAAAAUUAUGAGGAUGAUGACAAUGAUGGAGAUGAUGAGGAGGAUCCCAAUAAUUCUGAUGAUAUGGAAAUGGAAGAACUAACAGAAAAGGAAGAAGCAAAGAAGAGAAGUGGUACAGAGAAGCUGUCUGCAGCUGCUCUUUGUGUUGCUGUUGGGAGUUUCUGUGAUCCUGAGGAUCUGCCUGGGUUGGCACAUUUUCUGGAGCACAUGGUAUUUAUGGGCAGUUUGAAGUAUCCAGAUGAGAAUGGGUUUGACGCAUUCCUGAAGAAACAUGGGGGCAGUGACAACGCUUCAACUGACUGUGAACGGACAGUCUUCCAUUUUGAUAUCCAGCAGAAAUACUUCAAAGAAGCACUUGAUAGGUGGGCACAGUUCUUCAUUCACCCACUAAUGAUCAGGGAUGCUAUUGAUCGUGAAGUUGAGGCUGUCGAUAGUGAAUAUCAACUAGCAAGACCCUCUGAUGCAAACAGGAGGGAGCUGCUACUUGGAAGCCUUGCCAGACCUGGGCAUCCAAUGAAGAAGUUUUUCUGGGGUAAUGCAGAGACACUAAAGCAUGAGCCUAAAAAGAGUAAUACUGAUAUCUACACCAGACUGAGGGAUUUUUGGCAGCACUAUUACUCUGCUCACUAUAUGAACGUAGUUGUCCAGUCUAAAGAAACUUUGGACACUUUGGAGAAGUGGGUGAAGGAAAUCUUUUCACAGAUUCCAAAUAAUGGUUUACCCAAACCGAACUUUGGCCAUCUGACACAGCCUUUUGACACACCCGAAUUUUACAAGCUUUACAGGGUUGUUCCAAUCAGAAAUGUUCAUUCACUGAGCAUUGCCUGGGGACUACCACCACAGGAGAGACAUUACAGGGUGAAGCCACUUCACUAUAUCUCCUGGCUGGUAGGACAUGAAGGCAAAGGCAGUGUUCUUUCCUUUCUUCGGAAAAAAUUUUGGGCUCUUGCGUUAUAUGGGGGAAAUGGUGAGACAGGAUUUGAACAGAACUCCACCUACUCUAUAUUCAGCAUUUCUGUGACUUUGACUGAUGAAGGUUACGAGCACUUCUAUGAGGUUGCGCAUGUUGUAUUCCAGUAUCUGAAAAUGUUGCAGAAAAGAGGGCCAGAUAAAAGAAUUUGGGAAGAGAUUCAGAAGAUUGAAGCUAAUGAAUUUUAUUUCCAGGAUCAGGCUGAUCCAAUUGAUUAUGUUGAAAGUCUUUGUGAGAACAUACAUAUCUUUUGUAAGGAGGACUUUCUGACGGGCGAUCAGCUCCUGCUGGAAUACAAGCCUGAAAUCAUUGCUGAUGUCCUUAACCAGCUCUGCCCUCUGAGAGCAAACCUUGUUCUGUUGUCUGCUGCCAGUGAAAGAAAAUGUCAUCUAAAGGAGAGAUGGUUUGGGACACAGUACAGUGUGGAAGAUAUUGACAAAUAUUGGAGUGAUUUAUGGGCCAGUGACUUUCAGUUAAAUCAGGACCUGCACUUACCUGAAGAAAACAAAUAUAUAGCCACUGACUUCGCUCUGAAGGCAUCUGAUUGGCCUGACACGGAGCACCCAGUCAAAAUUCUGAGUACACACCACGGCUGUGUGUGGUACAAGAAGGACAAUAAAUUCAAAAUCCCCAAAGCUUACAUACGUUUCCAUCUGAUCUCCCCACUGAUACAGCAGUCUGCAAAGAGUGUGGUACUUUUUGAGACUUUUGUAAAUAUCCUUUCUCACAACCUUGCUGAACCGGCAUAUGAAGCCGAUGUUGCUCAGUUGGAAUAUAAACUGGUAUCUGGAGAGCAUGGUUUGGUCAUUCGAGUGAAAGGAUUCAAUCAUAAACUACCUCUGCUAUUUCAGCUCAUCAUUGACCAGUUGUCUGACUUCAGUUUUACUCCAGCGGUUUUUGAGAUGAUAACAGAGCAGCUAAAAAAGACUUACUUUAAUAUUCUGAUCAAGCCAGAGAUACUGGCCAAAGAUGUGCGUUCUUUAAUUUUGGAGCAUGGCAAGUGGUCUAUGAUAGAUAGAUACAGGAGAUUAAUGAAGGGCCUUUACACUGAGUCGCUCUCAUCCUUUGUUAAGGGCUUCAAAUCACAUCUAUAUGUGGAGGGGCUAGUGCAAGGAAACUUCACAAGCAGAGAAUCAAAGGAUUUUCUGAAUUAUGUUGUUCUAAACCUGCAGUUCCUUCCCUUGCUACACCCAUGUCCUGUUCAAUUUCGGGUGGUAGACCUGCCAAACACACACCUACUCUGCAAGGUGAAAACCCUUAACAGAGGUGAUGCCAACUCUGAAGUGACAGUCUAUUAUCAGUCUGGGGCUAGGAGUUUAAGAGAAUACACCCUUAUGGAGCUGCUUGUGAUGCACAUGGAGGAGCCUUGCUUCAACUUUCUGCGAACCAAGCAAACCCUUGGCUACCAUGUGUACCCUACAUGUAGAAAUACAUCUGGGAUUCUUGGGUUCUCUGUUACCGUAACCACACAAGCAACCAAGAACAACUCUGAAUUUGUUGACAAGAAAAUAGAAGAAUUUCUUUUGUACUUUGAGGGGAAAAUGAGGCUUUUAACUGAAAAAGCAUUCAGGACUCAGGUCAGUGCUCUAAUACAUAUUAAAGAAUGUGAAGAUUCCUAUCUUGGAGAAGAGGUGGAUAGAAAUUGGAAUGAAAUAAUGACUCAGCAGUAUCUUUUUGACAGACUUGCCCAUGAGGUUGAAGCACUACGAUCACUAACUAAGUCAGACCUAGUUGACUGGUUCCAAGCUCAUAGAGGCAAAGAGAGGAAAGCACUCAGUAUACAUGUGGUUGGAUUUGGUAAACAAGAAGGCGACUCAGAUGUUCAACAGUCCUUACUUGGUGAAAUAUAUCAACUCACAUUCUUACCCCCUUCCUCCUAUAUGAAGAAUACCAGUUACAUCAGGGACAUUAGAAAUUUCACAUUAAUGCUUAACCUCCUCCCUUACCACAAGAUAUUAAAAUAAAUUAUAAUUGUUUUCCCCUGCAUUUAAGUGUAGUUUAAGUAAUUUUCAGUUUGACAACACUGUGAAUCAUUUAGCCUCACUAAAUGAAUUUGUAUUGUCAGCAGCGGUAGAUGAGUUCUUCCCUUAUUUUAAUGAAGCUUUGUAGCAUUGUACAUCCACUUUGCUCUCUCCCACUCCUUCUCUGAAAUCUGAAACAAAUUUAUUUUUAACAGUCAUUAAUGGAAAGUAUAACUCCUGUCCCCAUUCUUAACAUACUUCAAGUCAUUUUCCCUCCCUUUUUUUUUAUUGCCUUCUUAUUGUAUUCAAGACAACAUGCUAUGUAAACUUAAAACAUUAAUAAUCUAGUCUUUAUAUUUUAGACACACUAUUUCAGAGAUCUCUUUGAACUUUUCAUUACUCUGCAAAGGUACUUGUAAGAGCC